UAGAGGGUCUGGCGGGAGGGACAGCCCCGUGACUGGGCUGGCCGGAUCCACAAGCACCCCAGACCACCCCAAGAUGAACCCGGGAAAGCCAAGUUCCAUCAGGUCUUGAUUGUUGAGGCCUCCAGUACGUUGCUGGGAGCCCACAAGGAGACUGGGAAAGAGCGUCCCCUAUUCGUUCAUUUUCUCAACACUUCACUGAGCACCUACCGUGCACGAGCUGUUUCCUGGACUUGACCGCGAGGCCUCUCAGCAGCGCCCUAGAUCCCCCUACGGCUAAGAGGUGGACAUGGGCUGCAGAGGCCUCCCCUGGGCCCUGCGACUCACCCUGGCAUGGACCCUGCUGGGGGCCUGUGGAGGGAGCCGCCCACUCCAAGCUCAACACCAGGGACACCAUGGGCUGAUGGCCCACCUGGGCACAGAUAGGAGAUACCUGGCAGGACCCUGUUGUCCCUCGGAGAUGGGACCCGGAACCGCUCCAGAGCGCUGUGGGGCACCGAGCUCGGAAUGCCAGUCCUUCUUGGGAAAUCUCCACGAUGCUCUCCGCAGUCGCUUCCGCCUGCUGCUACUGGGGGUCCGCCAGGCCCAGCCACUCUGCGCAGAGCUCUGCGAGGACUGGUUAGCCAUCUGUGAGGCUGACGUCGCAUGCGGCCCGACUUGGCUCCCGUUCCCAGCAAGGAGGGGCUGCGAACCUGGCUGCCGAACCUAUGGGCAGACUUUCACCGACGGCGCGGACCUCUGCCGCUCUGUCCUGGGCCACGUCCCGUUGGUGGCAGACCCUGGCUCCCGUCACUGCCUCAAUAUCUCCGUCCCGGCGCUGCCGCGUCCCAGACCCGGGCGGCGGGCCCGGGAAGCCACCUCCUGGCGCUCCCGCCGACCUCGCCCAUCCAUCCUGGACGGGGCCAGCAGCGGGAGUGGCAGCGGCAGCGGCGGCGGCCCCUAGGUGGCGCCCGGCCUCCGGUGGGACACACGUCCCCUCGGCGCACCCCGCCCCCAAGACUCCCCGGAGCCCCACCCCCUCCCUCGCCGUCUCCGUGGUUCC